UCCCAAGGAUCCCAAAGAUCCCAAAGAAGAUCCCAAGGAUCCCAAAGAUCCCGUGGAUCCCAAGGAUCCCGUGGAUGCCAUGGAUGCCCCGAUCCCACAGGAGAUCCAGCGGCUCCUGGAAGAGGCCGAGGGUUACCUGUGCCAGGUGUUGCGGGAGGAGCCGCUCAGCGCCCGCGCGCGGGACCAGGGCGCCGCCAUCCUGCGCUCCCUCCAGCGCCUCCGCCCCAGGUACCACCCGGAAUUCCCGUCCCGAGGAGGGGACGAGCACGACGGACACGACGGCUCCGAGGAAAAUCCCAGCUGGAAUUUCGGCCCUUCCCGGGUUCCUCCGGCCUCGCUCCCCACAGAAUUCCCGGAUGAGGGCCUGGAGGAGAUCCCACGAUUCCAGGAUUCCGGGAAUAUUUUGAAGCAAGGAUACCUGGAGAAGAGAUCCCGAGAGCCCAGCUUUUUCGGCUCCGACUGGCACAAGCGCUGGUGCGUCCUCACCCAACGGAGUUUCCUCUACUACGCCAACGAGAAAAGCAAGCAGCCCAAAGGCUCCUUUCCCAUCGAGCGCUACCAGGCCCACCUGGACCCCCAGCUCCGGAAAGAUUCCCGGAAAAAAUGCUGCUUCCAGCUGCUCUGUCCCGGAAAACGCUCCUACGAGUUCGCAGCUCCGAGCCCGGCCGAGGCCCAGGAUUGGGUGGAGCAGAUCCGGUUCCUCCUCAGGGACCUGAGCUCCCUGACCAUUCCCUGCGACGAGGAUGAGGAGGAGGAGGAGGAGGAGGAGGAAGAGCUCUCCAAGGACCGGGACAGCUCCGAUUCCAUGAACAAUUCCCAAAAUUCCACCCUGAAUCCCGAGGAGCCGGAGCUGGAAGACGAAGACAUCUACGAGGUGAUGCCAGAUGAGGAGCUGCCCCCGCCAUUCCCGGAGGAUGAGGAGGAUCUCGGGAGUGAGGAGGAAAAUUCCGACUGGGAUUAUUCCAAUUACUACCAGGGAUUGUGGGAUUGCCGCGGGGACAAUCCCGACGAGCUCUCCUUCCAACGGGGCGACCUCAUCCACAUCCUCAGCAAGGAGUACCCCGGGCACGGGUGGUGGGUCGGGGAGCUCGGCCCGGACAUCGGGAUCGUCCCGAAGGAAUUCCUGGCGCCCGCCUUCGACCUGGAGCCGUGACGGGACAGGUGGCACCGGGAAUGGCAGCGCGGGGACAACGCCACCCACGGCAUUCCCUGGAUCCCAAACCCCACAAAUCCCACAAAUCCCACGGGAUUCCUGCAGCAGAGCCACGCACAGAGGACCCAGCGCUGGCACCGAGCGGAUUUAUCCCAAAAAUCCCUCCUGGAGCCAUUCCACGGGGAAACUGAGGCACGCAUCCUGCUUUUCCCAAAAACCCCAAAUCCCCCGGAGACCUCCUGCUCUCAUUAUCCCGCUUUUCCUGGGUCAGUCCCAAAUCCCCUGGAGAUCCCAAACCCAGGGGUUCUCCUAUCCCAAAUCCAGGUAUUUCCCAGUCCCAAAUCCAGGUGU